GAGCGUGAUACUUGAGGGAAUUCACAGCACUUAAAACGGGGAGACGAGGGUACUUACCUCCACUGUCUUCAGUCUCACUGACCCUCCAUUCGAGUUUCUGAGAGAGAAAGAGAUCGCUUCGAGCUUUAGGGUUUCUUGCUUUGCUUCUUCUUCCUGUGUUUCAGGAAAUGAGUUCUUCUGAGCUUGAUGGAAACGGAACAGAGGAGGCUUUGCCUCCUCCACCCCCUGUUAUCCCACCAGAUAUUGUUCCAAUCAAGGCAGAAUCAGAACAGGCACUUGACCCAGUUAAGAAGAAAACUGUCCGACUUCCAAUGGCCAGGCGCAACCUUGGAUCUAAAGGGCAAAAGAUACCGCUGUUGACAAAUCAUUUCAAAGUCAAAGUCAGUAAUUUGCAAGACCAGUUUUUCCAUUACAGUGUUGCCCUCUUUUAUGAAGAUGGUCGCCCUGUUGAUGGUAAGGGUGUUGGACGGAAAGUGAUUGAUAGGGUCCAUGAAACUUACAAAUCCGAUUUAGGUGGAAAAAACUUUGCCUAUGAUGGAGAGAAGAGCUUGUUUACUGUUGGGCCUCUUCCAGGAAACAAGCUUGAAUUUACUGUUGUACUUGAGGACGUAUCAUCUGAUAGAGUCAAUGGUAGUCAGAGCCCCAAUGCUGAGGGUGACCGAAAGAGAUUGCGUCGCCAAUACCAGUCCAAAACAUUUAAAGUCGAAAUUAGCUUUGCUGCAAAAAUUCCCAUGCAGGCUAUUGCCAGUGCUCUACGUGGUCAAGAAACUGAGAACUCCCAAGAAGCUCUGAGAGUGUUGGAUAUCAUCUUACGACAACAUGCAUCUAGGCAGGGAUGCCUACUUGUUCGCCAAUCUUUUUUUCAUAACGAUCCAAAAAAUUUUGUUGAUGUGGGGGGAGGAGUUCUUGGGUGCAGAGGAUUUCAUUCCAGUUUUAGAGCAGCCCAGGAAGGAUUGUCUUUAAACAUAGAUGUGUCUACAACGAUGAUCAUACAACCUGGGCCAGUUGUAGAUUUUUUAAUUUCUAACCAAGGUGUGAAUGAUCCUAGUAGGAUAGACUGGGCGAAGGCUAAACGGACGCUCAAGAAUUUGAGGAUCAAAGUUGAUCCCUCUUAUACUGAAUACAAGAUUACAGGACUGAGUGAGAAGUCAUGCAGAGAACAAACGUUUACAUUGAAGCAGAGAGGCGAUAGUGACAGUGAACCAUUGGAAGUUACUGUCUAUGAUUAUUUUGUUAAUCAACGUCAUAUAAAUUUGCGAUAUUCUGAAGAUCUUCCAUGCAUUAAUGUCGGGAAACCUAAACGCCCAACCUUUUUCCCUGUUGAGCUCUGCUCUUUGGUUUCAUUGCAGCGUUACACGAAGUCGCUGUCGACAUUCCAAAGGUCUUCGUUGGUUGAGAAAUCACGACAAAAACCACAUGAGAGGAUGCAAGUGUUGUCUAGUGCUCUGAAGCGCAGCGAUUAUGAUGCUGAACCCAUGUUACGCUCUUGUGGUGUAACAAUUAGUAAUAGUUUCACCCAGGUGGAAGGCCGAGUUCUGCCUGCCCCCAAGUUGAAAGCAGGUAACGGGGAGGAUUUUUUUCCCCGGAAUGGUAAAUGGAAUUUCAACAACAAGAAAUUAGCACAGCCAACCAAGAUAGAAAAGUGGGCUGUAGUUAACUUCAAUGCACGGUGUGACAUAAAUAACCUUGUGCAAACUCUGAUAAAAUGUGGAGAGAUGAAAGGAAUUAUGAUGAAACCUCCUUUUGAAGUGUUUCAAGAGGGUGGACAGUUCAGACGUGCCCCACCUGUGGUUCGCGUUGAGAAAAUGUUUGAUGAGAUACAGUCAAAACUUCCCGGGGCACCUGAUUUUCUACUUUGUCUGCUUCCAGAGAGGAAAAAUUGUGAUCUUUAUGGCCCAUGGAAAAAGAAGAAUCUUUCUGAGUUUGGAAUUGUGACUCAAUGCAUUGCUCCUCAAAGGGUCAAUGAUCAAUACAUUACAAAUGUUCUUUUGAAGAUCAAUGCCAAGCUUGGUGGGUUAAACUCUUUUUUAGCUGUUGAACGUAAUUCAAUGAUCCCAGUGGUCUCCAAAAGUCCUACUCUCAUUCUUGGAAUGGAUGUAUCACAUGGAUCUCCUGGGCAGUCUGACAUACCUUCAAUUGCGGCGGUUGUUAGUUCUAGGAAUUGGCCCUCAAUUUCUCGUUAUAGGGCUUCUGUUCGUACGCAGUCACCCAAGGUGGAAAUGAUUGAUUCGUUAUUUAAGCCAGUUGGUAAAGAGGAUGAAGGUAUCAUAAGGGAGCUUCUUGUGGACUUCUUUACGAGUUCAGCAAAACGAAAACCUGAUCAGAUCAUCAUUUUUAGGGAUGGGGUCAGUGAAUCACAGUUCAACCAAGUACUGAACAUAGAACUGGAUCAAAUCAUUGAGGCAUGCAAGUUUCUUGAUGAGAGCUGGAAUCCCAAGUUUGUGGUUAUUAUUGCUCAAAAAAAUCACCAUACAAAGUUCUUCCAACAAUCGAACCCCGAAAAUGUUCCUCCUGGUACCAUUAUUGACAACAGGAUUUGUCAUCCAAAAAACAACGACUUCUACCUCUGUGCACACGCAGGCAUGAUUGGUACUACAAGGCCCACUCAUUAUCAUGUCCUGUUAGAUGAAGUUGGUUUUUCAGCUGAUGAUCUACAAGAGCUCGUUCAUUCUCUAUCAUAUGUUUACCAGAGGAGUACAACUGCCAUUUCUGUAGUUGCGCCCAUUUGUUAUGCACACUUGGCGGCUGCACAGGUCGGACAGUUUAUGAAGUUUGAGGACAGUUCCGAGACGUCCUCUAGCCAUGGUGGGAUGUCUUCUGCUGGAGUUCCACCUGUUCCUCAACUCCCCAGGUUGAAGGAUAAUGUGUCCAACUCCAUGUUCUUUUGUUGAGGCUUUGAGCCUACUAAAAACACUGGUGAAAACUUUUAUGUAAUUAGUUUUGGGUUUUUGCUAUGGUCUUCCAUGGUAACCCUGCAUGUCUGAACUAUUUUCUGAGCCCUAAGACCUUACCUUUUACCUUUGGUGUUUUGAUAAUUUUGAGGCCAGUGUCUUUUUAGGACUAGUGACAUGCAGACUAGGUGUUUACUGUUUAGUGUGGUAAAGUUAGUGCUUGAUCUUUUUAUCUGUGGUAAGCAUGUAGUGUUAACUUGGUAUUUUACUGUGGCUCUAUACCUGUUAGGUCCAUGUACUUGUGUUGGCCAUGUUUUAUUAGAGCCUGGUUUUAUGGCUGUUAUCUAUUUUUUGUUGAUUUUUCACGAA